CACUAUUAACCAUGACGUUUACGCCGCCAUGUUUUGCGAAGCUGUUGGUUACAUGCGCCAAGAACAAGAUCAGUGUUAAAGGGCACAACUGUUCAGAUGUUGUAUUCUAGUGUUUAAAUCCAAAUUUUAUUAGUUCAUAUUAUUGCGCUGUGCUUUAGAAGUAUCUAGCUGGUAGGCUAAUUGUGUUUUAAAGAAAAGGAUGUUAAAAAAAAGUCGGAACCUAAAAUAUAUUUUAAGUCUUGUUCCUGGAAAAAGACGUUUUGGAACGUACAGAUUUUUGCCCUUGUUCUUCUGUAUCGGGGGUGUCAUGGAGUGGAUCAUGAUUAACGUGAGAAUAGGACGAGAAACAUUUUAUGAUGUCUACAGAAGAAAACAAUCGGAGAGGGAAUACCAAAACAAGAUUGAUGAGGGCUUGAUUGUGCUCACAGAGUCUGAAGCCAAAUGAGAUCAUCACAACACACUGGAAAUACAUGAUCGUCAUGAUAAAGAGACUGAAAUUUGACACUUUUGCACUUACACACUUGAUAUCAAUGAAAAAUGGGGAUACUAUAAUAUAUAUCAACUGUAAGCAGCUGUGACAGGGACAGCUGUGACAGAUGUGGUGCAAAAGACUGUGUUUCUGUACAGAAGAUUGCAAUUUUUGUAUUGAGUAAGAUAAAGAUGGUUAUUUAUGCAAUACAAGUUAUCUGUCCUGUGAUUCUUAACCAAUACACUUUGGAAGCCUGUUUCAACUACAAAUGAGUAAAACUAUGAUUUUGUAAGUCAUAAUAAAGAGAAAUGAAUCUCAUAA